AUUGGUUCCAAGUCUGACAUGACAUCUCUCAAGGAUCAGAUGAUUGUGAAUCUUCUUAAGGAAGACCAGGUUCCCCAAAAUAAGAGUACAGUUGUUGGGUUUGGUGCUGUUGGCAUGGCCUGUGACAUCAGCAUCUUAAUGAAGGACUUGGCAGAUGAACUUGCUCUUGUUGAUGUCAUGGAAGACAAAUUGAAGGGAGAGAUGAUGGAUCUCCAACACGGCAGCCUUUUCCGCAGGACACCAAAAAUCGUCUCUGGCAAAGACUAUAAUGUAACCAUGAACUCUAAGCUGGUCAUUAUCACAGCUGGAGCUCGUCAGCAAGAGGGAGAAAGCUGUCUUAACCUGGUCCAGUACAAUGUCAAUAUAUUCAAAUUCAUCAUUCCUAAUGUUGUAAAAUACAGCCCAAACUGCAAGUUGCUUAUUGUUUCCAAUCCAGUGGAUAUCUUGACCUAUGUGGCUUGGAAGAUAAGUGGCUUUCCCAAAAACCAUGUUAUUGAAAGUGUUUGUAAUCUGGAUUCAGCCCGGUUCCAUUACCUGAUGGGGGAAAGGCUGAGAGUUCACCCAUUAAGUUGUCAUGGGUGGGUCCUGGGGGAGCAUGGAGACUCCAGUGUGCCUGUGUGGAGUGGCGUGAAUGUUGCUGGGGUCUCCCUGAAGAAUCUGCACCCGAAUCUUGGUACUGAUGCAUACAAGGAGCAGUGGAAGCAGGUUCAUAAACAGGUGGUGGACAGUGCUUACAAAGUGAUCAAGCUGAAAGGCUACACAUCCUGGGCCAUUGGCCUAUCUGUAGCAGACUUGGCAAAGAGUAUAAUGAAGAAUCUUCGGCAGUUACAUCCAGUUUCUACCAUGAUUAAGGGUGUUUAUGGAAUAAAGGACGAUGUCUUCCUUAGUGUUCCUUGCAUCUUGGGACAGAAUGGAACUUCAGAUGUGGUGAAGGUGACUCUGACACCUGACGAAGUGGCCCGUUUGAAGAAGAGUGCAGACACACUUUGGGGGAUCCAGAAGGAGCUGCAGUUCUAAACUCUUG